GGGGCGGCGCGCGCCAUGGCCGGGGCGGCGCGGAGCGGCGGGGGGCGGCGGGGGGCAGCGCUGACGGCGGUGCGCAGCGAAGACGGGACCCCCCCUCCCAGCGCUCCCCUCAACCGUCGGGGGGGACCGACGGCUCCGCGCCCCGCGGCCGCCUCCCGCCCCGCCGGGACCGCGCGCAGCUGCCGCCGCCGACUGCAGAACUGCCUCUACAACGUGCUGGAGCGGCCCCGCGGGUGGGCCUUCGUGUACCACGCCUUCAUAUUCCUGCUGGUCUUCAGCUGCCUGGUGCUCUCCGUCUUCUCCACCAUCCAGGAGCACCAGAAGUUGGCCAACCAGUGCCUCUUCAUCCUGGAGUUUGUCAUGAUCGUGGUGUUCGGCAUGGAGUACGUCGUCCGCGUCUGGGCGGCCGGCUGCUGCUGCCGCUACCGGGGCUGGCGGGGCCGCCUGCGCUUCGCCCGGAAACCUUUCUGUGUGAUAGAUUUCAUCGUCUUCAUCGCCUCGGUGGCCGUCAUCGCGGCCGGCACGCAGGGCAACAUCUUCGCCACCUCAGCUCUGCGCAGCAUGCGCUUCCUGCAGAUCCUGCGCAUGGUGCGCAUGGACCGCCGCGGCGGCACCUGGAAGCUGCUGGGCUCCGUGGUGUACGCGCACAGCAAGGAGCUGAUCACCGCGUGGUACAUCGGUUUCCUGGUGCUCAUCUUCGCCUCCUUCCUCGUCUACCUGGCCGAGAAGGACACCAAUGGGGAGUUCGCCACCUACGCUGACUCCCUCUGGUGGGGCACGGGCCCCCCGUGCUCUGUCCCCGCGCAGGUGACGCUCACCACCAUUGGUUAUGGGGACAAGACGCCGCAGACGUGGCUGGGACGGAUGCUGGCAGCCGGUUUUGCUCUGCUCGGCAUCUCCUUCUUUGCGCUGCCUGCAGGUAUCCUGGGCUCCGGUUUUGCCCUCAAGGUGCAGGAGCAGCACCGGCAGAAGCACUUUGAGAAGAGGAGGACCCCAGCAGCAAACCUGAUCCAGGCCGCCUGGCGGCUGUACUCCACAGAUGCCAGCCGGGGGUACCUGACGGCCACGUGGUGCUACUACGACAGCCUGCUGCCCUCCUUCAGAGAGCUGCUCCUAAUGUUUGAGCACUUGCACCGAGCCCGCAACGGAGGAUUUAGGAAUUCAGAGGUGAAAAAAUGGCCUGAUGGAGCCCCGCCGCCGUAUCAGCCCUUCUUCACCUCUGGCCAGAAAAGCCCCAUCCCCGCCGCGUGUGCCGGGGACAGCUGGAAGGAGGAGGACGCGCAGCCCCACAAGUGCUUGAGCCUCAGCACCAAGAUGGGCAUCAAGGAGCGCAUCCGCCUGGGCUCCCCGCAGCGCCUGGGCAGCCGUGGCCGCCUGCACCUGGGGCCCCCCCUGCACCGCUCCCCCAGCACCGAGGCCGUCCCCGAGGCCCCCAGCCCCAGCAAGGUGCACAAGAGCUGGAGCUUCAACGACCGCACCCGCUUCCGCGCAUCGCUGCGCCUCAAACCGCGGCUGCAACCUGAGGCAGAGUGCCCACCAGAGGACAGCGGUGAGGAGAAGGGCUCCCACUGCGACCUGACCUUCGAGGACAUCAUGCCAGCAGUGAAGACCCUGAUCCGUGCUGUGCGGAUCCUCAAGUUCCUGGUGGCCAAGAGGAAGUUCAAGGAGACCCUGCGGCCCUACGACGUGAAGGACGUCAUCGAGCAGUACUCAGCUGGGCACCUGGACAUGCUGGGCAGGAUCAAGAGCCUGCAGACACGCGUGGACCAGAUUGUGGGCAGGGGGGGCCCUGCUGCUGACAAGAAGAUCCGAGAGAAGGGGGAGAAGGCGGUGCUGGAUGCAGAGCUGGUGGAUGAGCUGAGCAUGAUGGGCCGUGUGGUCAAGGUGGAGAGACAGGUGCAGUCCAUCGAGCACAAGCUGGACCUGCUGCUUGGCCUCUACUCGCAGUGCCUGCGCAAGGGCUCAGCCAACUCCUUCAGUCUGGCGGCCGUGCCGCUGCCCCGUGAGCCCGACAUCACCUCGGAUUAUCACAGCCCCGUGGAGCACGAGGACGUGUCGGCGUCAGCCCAGACGCUGAGCAUCUCCAGGUCGGGCAGCGCCAACAUGGACUGAGUGGUGGGAUGGGGCCGCGGGGACGGCUCCGGCCAUGGGGGGUGUGGGGAUGUGGGGACACCUCAGGUCUCACCCGGCCCCACAGAGCUGCGUCCCUCUCUGCAUUACUUGAACUCAUUGUCCAUGCGGGUGGGCAGCAGCUGCGCGCUGUGGGAGGCGCUGCGGUAGGGAUGGGGGGGAGCAGCAGCACUGCGGUGGGUGCUCUCCAGGGGCAGUGAGAGCCCCCAGCCCAGGGCACGUAUCUGCCUCCCUGUGAGGGUCCUGCACGUCCCAGAGCCGCACCGGGACCAGCACAGCUAUGCAAGGCUCCAGCUCCGGAGCUGAGCCCUCGGGCACAACCCUAUGGGGUCUUAUCGGGGUGGGGGGUUUACCCCUUCGCCCUUCUCUGCCAGGGUUCCCCCUGCUCAAUGGGCUGCGGCUGCACCUCCAGAAGUGCAGCAGAGCCUUCUGCCCCUGCAUGCUCCCAGGGCAGUAUCUAUCUAUAUAUGUAGGAGACAGAUAUGCAAUAAUGUCUUAAUAUGCAACACCCCCGGGAAAAGCCACCCGGGGGACAUCCGUAGGCAAUAAGCACCUCCUGCCAGCACGCGGGGCUGCGUCCUGCUCCGCGGGGGGCUCAGACCCCCGGAGGGUGGUCCCAAGGCUAUGGGGCCGGCAGGAGGAGCGGGCGGUGCUCCGCCAGGAGCAUUCCUCCCUGCCCCCUCUGCAGGACUCCUUCCCUGCUCGUCCCUGCCCCCGUCCCUGUCCCCUGGGGGUGACUGCGGGUGGGGACGGCGUGGCGGUGGCCCUUUGCACGCUGCUUGCACCAGGGCUGCUUUCCCGUCCCCCGUCGCAGUAGUGCCAAAAUUUGUUGGUACCCCCCGGGGGGGCUCGUGGGACCCCCUUUUGCCUUUGAAUCGUGGGGAUCCCAACCCCACUCUGCUGCUGCUGCUCCCAGCAGGGCUGCGCCCGGGGCUGCCCUCAGCCCCUCCUUUCCCUCCGUAGUGCAUGUGAACAGCAUGGGCUGCGCUCGCAGCCCCCCAGGCUGUGCCGUGAGGCCGGGGGUGCCCACGGGGUAAUGCACAGCCACGCCGUGGGUACCCGGCCCUGGAGUGAGGGUGCAUGUGACAGCUUCGCCCCCAGCCCCGCUCAGUCCUUAACCCGUAGGGCCCCUCCCCGGGGCUGGCUGGGCCCCUCAGCCCUCUCCUUUCUCCCCCCAGCCGCCCGUAGUUACCUCACUUUAUUAACUUAUUAACUUAUUUCUUUCAUUAAACUUUGAAGUAGA